CUUAACCUCUUGUCAAAAUCAUCGAUGGAUCUGCAGAUCGUUGGCCGUCACGCGCUCUUCUUCGACGAUGAUUCGAUGGCAACCUUCGUCAACUCCCCGACGGCGCUCGUUGACUGGAACAGCCUUUUCAUUGACCGCUACGAUGUUCGUCACCUCCUCUCUUCUCUCCCUCCUCCGCGUCCCAAGCGCCGCCGUCCGAUCUCAGACGAUCCUAACUUGGAUGCUGAUCUCGAUCACGAGCGUUAUCUUGAUUUACCGGCGGAGUCUCCAUCUCCGUCGCACGAUGAGACUGAUAUCAAUGAUGGUUCAGCAAGUACAAAUGCCGAUGGCUUUCGUGCUGUACCCUAUUCAUACGGAAGCUCCAGUGAUUUAAAUGACCAGAAAACUGCUGAUGUGGAAUCUGGGUUUCACCCGCCUUUCCACGUGCCUGGUUAUUUACUUCAACACCUGCCCCCAAAUGAGAAAUUACAUCAGAUCAUGACAAGAACUUCCAGUUUUGUAAGCAACCAUGGCGGCCAAUCUGAAAUUGUCUUGAGAGUCAAACAAGGAGGCAACCCAACAUUUGGGUUCUUGAUGCCAGACCAUCAUCUUCACCCGUACUUUAGGUUUCUUGUUGAGCAUCAAGAGCUUUUGACAGGAAAAUCUUCUGUAGGAGAUAAAAAAGUUGAAGGUGGGAAAGAUAGUGGAGCUUUGUCCUUGCUUGGUUCGGUUUAUGGGACUGCAGAAGAUGAAGAUACUAAAGAAGAGUCAGCAACGGACGGUAAAACAAAGGAUUCUGCUGAAGGUGAUGAAGCUUAUUCCAGUGGACCUGAAGUGUCAAAAGAAGCUGCAAAGAUUGCCACUGUGAGAGAUGUAUCCUCUAAGCAUUCUCUUCAAGCAUCUUUGAUAAAAAGAAAUCCUUCUGUCAGCGCUGUUAAUGUCGUUGAGAGGAAGCAGAUCAAUACAGAAGAUCAUGCUACAGAAAAACCUUCGACUUCUGAAAAGCUGCAGUCUUCUACAAUGCUGGCACAACCCAAGCCUGAACUGCAAAUUGUGGAGCCGCCUAUUGAGAUGAAAAGAGCGAUCGAUAAGAUAGUUGACUUCAUCCAAAAGAAUGGGAAAGAACUCGAGGCUACUCUUGCUGCACAGGAUGUUAAGUACGGGAUGUUUCCAUUCUUACGUCCAGCUAGCUUAUACCAUGGAUAUUAUCGGAAGGUUCUCCAAGAAGCUGAGUUAAGAGCAUGUAAUAAAGGCGAUUUUACCAAGAAGGAAGACAUGAAGCAAGAGAAGAUGGUCAGUGCUGUAAAAGAUGAUAAACCCGCUUUGGGGAGUGACUUACGGGAUGAUUCUGCUAAGAGAGAGAAACAAAAAAUGGUUAGUGACAAGCCAAAGAUUGAGUUACAAAAGGAACCAUUCAAGCCCGUCGAACCGCAGAUGAGGGUCAAUGUAGAUGCGAAUACUGCUGCUGCUAUUCUUGAAGCUGCCAGAAGAGGCAUAAGGAAUCCCCAGUUAGGGAUCUUAUCAGGCAAACCCUUGGAUAAGACUUCUCAGAGCCUUGGAAAUGAUGGAAGUAAUAUUUCAUCUAAGCCCCCUGAUUUGCCUAAAUCUACGGGUCAACUGGUUUCUAGCUCGGCAGCUGCUGCUAGUGAAGCUGAUUCUUCCGAAGCAGGCUUGUCGAAGGAGCAGAAGUUGAAGGCAGAAAGAUUGAAACGUGCAAAAAUGUUUGUGGCCAUGUUAAAGCCUGGUGCCCAGGCAGCUGAACCAUCGCGAAGCUUAUCUGUGGAACCGGUGGCUUCUGUAUCAGUUUCUAAUGCUGCAAAAGAACGAGAAGGUAGCUCACUUCCAUCUGAAAGUGAGACGAAACAAGCAGAUGAUGGUAACAGUGGUGAAAGACGAUCAAAGAGAAACUACCGCUCCAGAUCACAGAGAGAUGCAGAUGAUGAAAUGGGAGAAGAAGAAGAAAACAAUGAGGAGAGCAGCAUGGAGGAAGUUACAGAAGAUACCAAAAUUGAGAAUAAGCAUUCAAGUAGAAAACGGCAUGAGAGGCAUAAGCAUAAGACACGACACUCUUCCAAGGACAGACAUUUACGGGACAAGCGCAAGCAUGAGAGCUCUUCGGAGGAUGAGUAUCACAGUCGUUCCCGUCAUAGGCACAAACACAGCAAAUCUUCAGACAGGCAUGAGCUAGAUGAUUCUUCUGAUACCGAGCGUGAGCACCGACACAGAUCUAGUAAGCAUGACAAAGAUGCUGAUUAUUCCAAGGACAAGCGUAGCCAUCGUCACAAAUCCAGGAAGCAUGAUAAGCAUCUUGAUUCAUCUGAUGAUGAGCAUCGCCGACACCACCGACACAGAUCCAGUAGACGCAAGCACGAGGACUCUUCCGAUAGUGAGCAUGGUCAUCGAAAGAAGUCUAGUAAACGUAUAAAGAAAGAUGAGAAAAGAGUGGAAGAGGAGAGUGAUUCAAAGUCAGAUCAGCCUGAUCGAAAAGCUUCUCCUGAACAUAACAACAUCAUGCACCCACAAAACGAACCAGCUCAAGUUUCAGAUGAGCUGAGAGCCAAAAUACGUGCCAUGUUAGCUGAUACCUUGUAAGUUCGUUGACCAUCAUGUGAAAUGGUUAGUGAGCAUCUUUUGACAAGCAUUAAAGGUAAAAGCGUCGCCUUGGUGUAAAGGUCAGUCUCUUGAGAUGCUUGGAAGUAGGGAUGAAGUUAAGAGUGAGUUUCUCACUUUUGUUGACGUAAGAAAAGAACUCAACACGCAAGCUUUUUUUCGAAAUCUAUGAUUGUUGUCAAUGUUAUAGUCCCAUUCAUUACUUGAAGCUUACCCUUAUUGGAUGGACCUUACUGAGCCCCUAUUCUCAAUUGAAAAGGCAAAAUAUUAGGAAAAUCCUUCUUUUUGGGUUCGAAUCUCUCUUUAUCUUGUUAGAUUUCAUUUGUUGGUGCUUUGUUGAAGGUGUAUUUUCUGCUUUUUGUUUUUUUCUACGUAAAAUAAGAGUGAGUUUCUCACUUUUG